AUGCCAAGAUCUUUUCGCACAGGUACACCAUUACCAGUUGAUUUGGAGAUAGAAAAAUCUGCUAAACAGAGAAGGAAGCAAGCCAGAAUUUUAAAGAAACAACAACAAUCCAGAGCUUCUUCAUCAAAUCCAUCAACUACAUCCUCUCCAACAUCCAAAAGUAUCACCCCACCAUCUUCACCUACUCCUACCAUGGCAGACAACCAUGGAGGACAUCAAAAUCCUCCACAUCCACCACCUGAACAAACCUUUAGACAAUGGGCCACUCAAGAUGUCACCCAACAACCUUUGUGCAUAAAUUACCCUGCAGCAAUCAACUUUGAACUCAAGUCUGGACUCAUCCAUUUGUUACCCUCAUUCCGUGGUCUUGAGAAUGAAGACCCACAUAAAUUCCUUAAGGAAUUUCAUGUUGUUUGUGUAGGUAUGAAGCCACAUGAAGUCACAGAAGAUCAAAUCAAGUUAAGGGCAUUCCCCUUUGCUUUACAAGAUUCAGCUAAGGAGUGGUUGUAUGACUUACCACCGGGGUCAGUCACAACAUGGAAUGAACUUGCAAGGAUGUUUCUGGAUAAAUAUUUUCCCGAAAUGAGAGCUUCAGCUUUACGAAGAGAGAUAAUUGGAAUCAAGCAACAAAAGAGAGAAGCCUUGCAUACUUAUUGGGAACGGUUCAAGAAAUUGUGCUCAAAAUGUCCACAACAUGGGAUUACCAAUUAUCAAUUGUUGCAGUAUUUUUGUGAAGGAAUGUCAUCUUGGGAUAGGAGAUUACUUAAUGCAUCAAGUGGUGGAUCUAUAGCUGAUAAGACUCCAACAGAAAUUAGAGCUCUUAUCAAGAACAUGGCAGAAGAGUCCAAGCAUACAGUCCAAGAAGAAGAAUGGUACAUGGAUGCACCCCGAGGUGUAAAGGAGGUCCAAACUCCUCAAAUUGAAGCUCAAUUGUCCGAACUUACAAAAGUGGUUAUGAUGCUAGCCAAAGACAAAGGUGUGCAACCCACACCCCAUCCAUGUGGUAUUUGUACUCAAGUGGGGCAUCCAACCGACAUGUGCCCUCAACUUCAAGAGGAAGAUUAUGAAGAAGCAAAAACCAUGGGAGGUUUUCUUAGGUCUAGUCAAAGGGGAUAUGAGCAGCCAUUAGGUGAUCAAAGAUGGAACAACAAUCAAGGUUGGGGAGGAAAUCAACAAGGGAACUAUCAACCAAGUCAACCACAUCAAUACCAACAAAGACCACCUUUUCCACCACAAAACUUUCAGCCAAGGCAACCACAACACCCUCCUCAACAAGCGGAUUCAUCAAGUAUGUCUUUAGAGGACAUAGUAAAAAGUUUGGCAACUAGUACACAAGCUUUCCAACAAGAGACAAGAGCAAGCAUAAAGAACUUAGAGAAACAAGUUUCACAGCUUGCUAUUUCCGUAAGCAAACUAGAAUCUCAAGGAAAGUUGCCUGCCCAAACUGAAGCAAACCCAAAGCACAAUGUGUGUGCCAUCACAUUGAGAGGCGGGAAAAGCUAUGAUGGUCCAAAAUUUUCGGUUGAUCAAAAAGAAGAUGAAAUAGUGGUUGAAGAGGCAACCAAAGAAGAGAAGGAGGAAGAGAAAACAAGCGAAAAAAAGCCUUUCAUCGCCGAGUCCAAAGUCACACCUGCUCCAUUUCCCGAAAGAUUAAAGAGCACGAAGAAAGAACGGGAGGAGAAUGACAUCAUGCAAAUGUUCAAGAGAGUUCAAAUCAACAUUCCACUCCUCGAGGUCAUCAAGCAGGUACCUAGAUACGCAAGGUUCCUUAAGGAUCUUUGUGUAUCUAAAAAGAAAUUAAAAGGAAAUCAAGUCGUAACGGUUGGGGAGCAUGUAUUCGCGGUUUUGCAAAAGAGGAUGCCCCCAAAGUGCAAGGAUCCUGGUGUCUUUACCGUGCCUUGCAAGUUGGGAAAUCUUUAUGUACCCCGAGCUACGCUUGAUCUAGGUGCAUCUGUAAAUGUCCUACCAUAUUCUCUUUUCAAAUCAAUUGGUGUAGGAACAUUGAGCAAAACCGGUGUGAUCAUCCAACUUGCUGAUCGGUCUUUGGUACACCCAAAGGGAGUAUUAGAGGACGUGUUAGAGCAAGUUGAUGAAUUUGUCUUCCCGGCUGAUUUUUAUGUCUUAGAUAUGGGAGACGAUGACUCUCCAAGUUCAAGUUCCAUUCUUUUGGGUAGACCUUUUCUUAAAACUUCUAAAACAAAAAUCGAUGUCUACAAUGGAACCUUGAGUAUGGAAUUUGAUGGUGAAGUUAUCAACUUCAAUGUGCAUGAAGCAAAAAAGACUUCUUUUGAUGUUCAAUCUGUUAAUUUUGUCAAUUUGAUCCAUCCCUCAACAAAAAAGGGUUUGAACUUGUCUAACAAUGAAUUUCUGGAGUUAGUUUUGUCACGAAAACUAGACAGGGACAAAGCCAAAGAGCUUGCAAAGAAGUUUGAUAUGGAUAAUGAAGUGUUGGAGAUUUUAGAGUUUAUUGAUGACAAGAAGCAUGUGAGGAGUUAUGAUAUGUUAGAGAGUCCCACGUAUCGAGACUGA